CCGGGUUGGGCCGGCCCCAACGAGCGGCUUCCUCCCUCCUUCCAUCCUUCCCUCCCUACUCCAUCCCUCCUUCCUUCCCUCCCUCCCUCGCUGUCUCUGAGGCGGAGCCGCCGCCGUGCCCUCCGAGGGAGCGCCGCCCGCGGGGGGUCGACAAAUUUAGACAAAUUCUCAAGAAGUGGAGCAAGGGAUGUGGUCACUGGGUUAGGCAGCAUCACUGCUGCUGUGAGGUGACGGCACCUGAGGCAGGUACAGGAGCAGGGGCUGAAGUGAACCUUGUGUGCCUCAGACCCAUGGUACGCGUUGGACUGGUCACUUGGGCAUUUUGCACAUCAAAGUAAGUGGCAAAUUGAAGUGCUGACUGAUGAAAUAAUUUGCCCGAGGUCACCUAAGCAGUCUGUGGAAGAGCUGGAAAAUUGGUCGUGAAUAAGCUAGAGAGUCACCUGAGCUGCAGAGAUGCUGGAAGAAGAUAUGGAGGUGGCCAUCAAGGUGGUAGUAGUAGGAAACGGAGCUGUUGGGAAGUCCAGUAUGAUUCAGCGAUAUUGCAAGGGGAUUUUUACAAAAGACUACAAGAAAACUAUUGGUGUAGAUUUCCUGGAAAGACAAAUCCAAGUUAACGAUGAAGACGUCAGGCUAAUGUUAUGGGACACUGCAGGUCAAGAAGAAUUUGAUGCCAUAACUAAGGCCUACUACAGAGGAGCCCAGGCUUGUGUUCUUGUGUUUUCUACAACUGACAGAGAGUCCUUCAAAGCAAUCCCUACCUGGAAGGAAAAAGUGGUGACUGAAGUUGGAGACAUUCCCACAGUUCUGGUGCAGAAUAAGAUUGAUCUUCUUGAUGACUCUUGUAUAAAGAAUGAAGAGGCAGAAGCACUGGCAAAAAAGCUAAAACUACGGUUCUACCGAGCAUCGGUGAAGGAAGACCUAAACGUAAGUGAAGUUUUCAAGUAUUUGGCUGACAAAUACCUUCAAAGGCUCAAGCAACAAACAGCUGAAGAACCAGAGCUAGUACAUACAAGCAGUAACAAGAUUGGUGUUUUUAACACAGCUGCUGGAAGUCACCCCAACCAAAAUUCUAGCACUCUCAACGGGGGAGAUGUCAUCAACCUUAAACCAAAUAAACAGAGGACCAAGAAGAGCAGAAGUCCUUUCAGCAACUGCAGCAUACCUUAGACCACUUCUGGAGGAAAAAAGAGUAACAGUGAAUUGGAUGAAGUUGCGCAGUUGAAUACAGAAUAAAAAGCCAGCUUUAGAGGUAUUUUACCAGUGCUUUAGCGAAUCUUGUGCCUAUGGGAUCCUUGAUAGAUGAUGGGUUUGUCUAAAAUUGCUGAUGCAGUGGGUUUUGGUAUGUAGAGUGAGACACCUGGUGGCAAAACACAGAACCAUGUCUGUCCCUGUGCACUCUUUUAAAAAAAUAAGCAUCUUUUUGAAUGAAUUAUUUACAGAGCUCUGAACUAGGUUUUGCUGAAUUGUGAAGUACAUUUAAUGUAGGGAUAAUACUUACAAGUAUAGGUACAGACCAUAACCUUAUGGCCCAAGGUACAGUAGCAACCUCGCAACUCAAUUUCAAAGGAAAUGUUAGACUUGAUUAGCCAGGACACUAACGGAAAUGAAAUUCUUCAUUAAUGAAAUUAAAUGAAGAGCAGAAUGAAGAUGUGACGUUUUAUGCCUGACUGUACUAACGUGGAUUCUGGCAGUUCUGUCGGUGCAAUAUACUUGUGUUCUAUAUAUGGUUGUUACGGUAUAUAUGUAAACAUUUGGUAUGAAUAUUUAGGCUAAAUUCCAGUGUAUACAUUACUUGGAGAUCAGCUAAUGAUUAUAAAAUAGCAUUUUCAGAAACAGUUUUCCUUUAAAAACAUUAACGUUUCUGAUGAGGCUUUGCCAGCUGCUGCUGUGUAUGUUUAACUUGCUAUACUUGGGCCUAAAAGCUUAGAUUUAAAAAUGGAUGGUGCCAAAAACGUUCCUCUUUUACCUAAUGCUGUGCUACAGAUGUUUUUGUAAGUUUGUUUUUCCUCAGUCUUAACAGGUCGAACAAGUAAGUCUUUAACACUAAUAGAUAUCCAGAUGGAACACAUAACGUAAUCAUAUUCCUGUCCAAGUUUGAUUGCUGUGUCCUGUGUUAUCUAUGAAAAAGGAACUUGCAAAAUGGC